AUAUGAUAAAAUAAAAUGAUAAUAGAAAAAACGGAGUGACAAUUGAUAAAGCCUUCAUUGAUAUACUUGAGAACAAAUAAUAUUUGACUAGUUCACAUAUGACAUUUUUUUAAAAUGUUUUUAAUAAAUACUUUUAAAAUAGAAGAAAGGUAAAUUCUUCAAGAUUACUAGAUAUUUUUAGUUGAUUGCUAUUUCUUUGCUGAAUUUAUGCCAAAACUAACCGACUAAUUAUCCAAAAAUUUGAUUGACUUUGAAAAAGUUAAUAAAAUCAAAUAAUAGAUAGAGGAUAAGAAGACUUACUAAUAAAAUAUCAUUUCCAAUUCAGGGAAUUUUAAAAGUGGCUUAUCAACUCAAAAAGCUAAGGAAGAAGCUUAAUUAGAGGAGACUAAAAAGAAAAAGUUUGUGUUCGAAAUCAUAAGCAUUAAUUAAAUUAAAUAAGUAGAUGAAGGGAUUUUCAAAAUUUCUUAAUUAGAAACUCUCCUUUCUCAAUAAACUUUAAAUAAUGAUUAUUAAAAAGGAAGUUCAAUUGCUAAUUACGACUAUGCAUAUUUUCCAAUUAACUUAGGAAAUUAUCAUUGGAUAAGCGUAUUAGUCUAUUUUAAUGAGGGUAAAAUCAUAUAUCAGGAUUCACUAAAUGGAUACAAUACAGACAUUAUGGCUGGAAUUGAUAGAAUUAUAAAAUAUAAAUGCACAACAAAUUUUAAUUGGGAAAUAUUAUAAAACACUCCAAUGCAAAGUGGAUCAUUAGUAAACUAUUAAUUUAGUGUAGGACUGUGGUGUUUUUGCUUUAUACGCUCUCUUCUUUCUGUAUACAAGAGGAGAAUUGAUAAAAAGAGAUAGUUAUUCAUAGACCUUUAUAACUAAAGUUAGAUAAAAUUUUGUCGCCUUGACAAAAGCUGAAUUAAAUAAUAAUCUUAAUGCUGAUUAAGUUAUUAAUAUUGUCAAUUACCUAUGAUAAUCCCUAUUGAAAAUAUUUAAAAUGAUAAAGAUUGC